AUGGAGGAAGACCCCCGCGCAUCCCGCGGCCCAUCCCACAGCUCCCAGCGCCCACGGAGCAAGCACAGAGCGCCCUCGCCGCUCCCGAGGCCCCUCCCAGGGCCGCGCUUUGGUGCCUGGUCGGAGGAGGGAAGGCCCGGCCACCCAGAGCCUCCUGGCGGCAGAGCCUCUCCGGACAGGCCCCUGGGGGCACCCCAGGGCAGAGGGGAGCACCCGCCUUCCCACAGGGACCACCCCCCGCUGGGGGCCCAGGGCCGGGAGGAGCCCUCACCUGGGAGCACCCAGAGGCCUCGCCCGGCCUCCGCCAGGGAGGAGAGCCCACGGCCUCUCUGCCGAGAAGGAAGCGCGGGAAAGCGGUCCUCUCGUGGGGCCCAGAAGGGGAAGGAGAGAGGGGGCCGCAGCUCCCAGAGAUCUAAGCCUCCAUCGGAGGUGGCCUCGCACAACCCCGAGAAGAAGCGAAAGCGCAGACACUCGGGGGGGACACAGUCACACGAACGUGAGCGGCGUCCGCGCAGCUUCGGUGCAGGAGAGGCGCCGGGGGGCCUGCCGCCCACGGUGAGGGAGAAGGCUGGGGACAGCACCCAGGCUCCAGAGGGGAAGGUCAGAACUCCCCCCCUGGGAAGGAAGCCAGCGCGUCCCCGGCCUGAGAUGGCGGCGGCGGAGGAGGAAUUAGACCCGCCCGCCAUGUCCUUCGGGGCCUCCUUCGCCCACCACCAGCCUCCAUCACGAGAGGCUUCGGAACACCCGGUGAAAAGGCGGAAGCACACACUCUCACGAAAAAGCCACUCGGACAAAGACAAGCGGAGUCUACACGGCUCAGAUGCAGGAAAGGGGGCAGGUGUCCUGCCGCCCAGGGUGAGAGAGAAGGUUGGGAACACCCUCAAGACUCCAGAAGGGAAGGUCAGAACUCCUCCCCUGGGACGGAAGCCAGCGGUUCCCCGCCUUGAGGAAGAGGAGGCAUUCCAGCCACCCACCAUGUCUUUCCAGGCAGAAGUCACCCACGACCCGCGUCCAUCACAGGUGGCCUCCGACCACCCGACCCUUCCAUGGCUGGCAGGUGCUCCUGGGAUGUCUGGGGCCCCGUCCGAGGUGGCUUCAGAAAAUCCCAUGAAAAAGCGAAAGCGCAAACACUCUAGCCAACGCCAAUCACACAAAGACCAACAGCGUCUGCGAGGCUUAGAUGCAGGAGAGGGGCCAGGGGGCCUGCUGCCCAAGGUGAGGGAGAAGGUUGGGGACACCUGCAAGACUCCAGAAGGGAAGGUCAAAACUCCUCACUUGGGAAGGAAGCCAGCCGGUCCCCCGCCUGAAGUGGAGGAGGAAUUAGACCCGCCCAUCAUGUCUUCGGAGGCCUCCCUCACCCGGCACCAGCCUCCCGCCAGGAAAGAGAGGAAGAGUGUCAAGCCUCCAGCCACCGCGCUGGGAGGAAAGAGUCUUAGGAAAGAGGACAGGACAAGCGCCCAGGCAGAGGCAGGCCAGUCUGAGAAGCCCUUUCCACCGGCAGCAGCGGGGGCCAGGUCCCCACAGGUGCCCCCUGCCGCGACACCCGCCUGGCCAGACCUCGGGCCCUGCCGGGGCCAGCCCAGUGACCCCCCACUGCCUGCCUUUGCAUCCAUGUCCUCCUUCCAACCCAGGCCAAGGGCACCGCCUUCCCCUGGCGAAGAGGAAGGAGCUGGGCUGAUGGGAAUCAGGCUGAACUCCGGGACACAGGCGUUCUCUGGGUCCAAGAGGGCCAGGCGCCGCAAAAUGAUCACCAUGCUGCAGCAAUGUGUCCGGACCCUUCAGGACAGCGUCACCUUGCUCUCUCAGGUGAGAGGAGUCCCGUGUUCUCUCCCCCAACCCGCUGUGGAGAGUUACACACCUGAGCAGCGGCCUUGCCUGGAGGAGCACCAUGGAGCACCAGCUGGAGAGACAGAGCCCUUAAGGAAGAAGCAGUGUCACCGAGCUUUGGAGAAAGAAAGGCGGGAAGAACGCACGUCGCAGCUGCAGCCCCAAGAGCAGGAGGUCCCAGAACGGGUCCUGCACAUCAGCACCAACAGGCCCCAGGACACACCAGCAAACAUGGCUUUUUCCGACUCGUCUGAAAGAGGAGGAGCAGCUGUCCAGGAAAAAGCCCUGCCGGCCCCAGCCCCCACGGCAGGCACCCGUGCUCCCUCUCACCCCGCCAGUGGCCACAGCUGUCGCCCCAUCCCUGGGAAGCAGGUGGUCAGCAGCCACAAGAAGCCUGUGAAGAAGGUUGCACCGCUGAUGGCCAAGUCCAUUAAAGAUUACAAGAACCGGUGCUACCGACGAUGA